AUGGGGAUGGGAGGUCUUAUUCGGAAUGAGUUUGGGCGAUUGAAGUUGGCUUUUGCAAAAAAUCUUGAUCAGGGAACGAAUAAUAUGGCGGAACUUUUAGCUCUUUAUUAUGGUUUGAAGCACUGUACGGAUUUGGGUUUACAACAAAUAGAAGUGGAGAUGGAUUCGUUGUUAAUUGUUAACUGGUUGGAGAAGAAGAGAUGUGGUAUCUGGUAUCUCGAAGAUUAUUGGGAGGAAAUUCUACAAAUUCUAUCGAGCCUAAGAUUGAAGAUACGGCAUGUUUAUAGAGAGUGUAAUGCCGAGGCUGGCUUUUUAGCUCGACUGGCUUCUAGACAACAUUUUGGGAUGUGGGUACAUCUUCGUGAUGUUCCGCAUCAACUUAAAGGAAUAUUAAGGGUGGAUAAGCUUGGUUUGCCAGCUAUGCGGUGUUAG